AUGCAAAGAGCUUCAAUAUACGCUCAUCACUCUUCCAAAACAAAAAAAAGUUCUAUUCAAAGGCUAAGUGCUACUGAUGUUUCUAUAAAAGAAGAAAAAGAGCCAUGUGAGUUGCAUGAAAAACUAUUGUGCUUAGAAUGCCAGGAGUUAAUGCAAGAAAAGAUGAAUCAUGUUUUGAAACGGUCUGUAUCAUAUAAUGCUGUGAAUAAUACUAAGAGGAGAAGUUCGGUGCGUAACAUAAAUAGAAGUUUAUCACAAUCGAGCUGUUAUAGUGCCGGCUCUAACAUGACAGCACAAUUAAACAAUGAAUCUUUUAAUGAAUUUCUAUGCUUUUUAUCAGGUGAAGAAUACUAUAGCAGGGUUAAUUCUUUAUGGGAACACCUCCCGAGUGAAACAAAGGAUAUGUUUGUGGCCAAAGCUUUAGCUAAAAAGAAGGCGAUUAUAAAUCGAGAUUUAAGUCAUAAUGAUGUUGAUAUAUUACAAUCUGAUAGUAUCCCCACAUCAACUACAUGGCGCUCAAAAUAUAGGAACACGAAAAGUACAGAUUCCCGCUUUGGGGAAAGCUCUAAUGACAAUAACACUAAUGACCUAGUUGACCAUCUCUAUAAUCACGAAGUCGCUGAAGAAGAAAAAAAAGCUUUAUUAGCCGAAAAUUUGUUAUUGGAAGAGCAAGCAUCGUCAAUUCCUGAAGAGCGAGAUACUUGUGUGGGACAGAUGCCUGACGUGCAAUAUUUGCAGGAAGUUAAGCUUUGGAGAGAUCGCCAAGAAAUCACAGAGAAGAUAAAGGAACUAACAAUGUUAAUAGAGAAGUUCGAGCGGUAUACCGUAUCACCCACGACAACCAAACCUAGUUCAAAAACAAAGGAUGGUACACCUACAAGCACGGGAUUUUCAGACCGGGACUUGCAUCAAAGAGGAGUGUUGAAACAUAUAGAAGUAACACAACGACCAACGCAAGUCCGAGAUAGUAUUGAUUCACCUGUGAAUCCAGAAAGGCCCAGUCAGAGCCAAAAAAAACAUAACAUUAUUGAUCGAAUUGCUAGAGGAUCAAAGAAGUUUGUUCGAAGUUUCAAACGUAAGAAGCGUCCUGCGAAACUGGAUAUAUACAGAAAACCUAAUCCCACCCUUAGAGUGCUUGUUGACCCCAAAAACCUCCAAAAACUUUCAAGAGAAUAG